ACCAUCCUGAACAUUUGCGCUGCUAGAGGAAAGACAGCACGGCAUCCCCACUGAUCAUGCAGCCAGCUUUCAUCUCACUCAUCCUGACUGCCAUACAUGUUUCUGUACUGGUGGAUUGUAGACCGAGGCUCCAGGACCCAGAGCAACAACCACAACACCAGCAGAGCAGCUUCGACACAGGAGCCCAUGCAGAUACAUCUGCUGGUAUGGGCCGUUUUUACUUAGAACUGAGUGGAUCAAUAAAAAGAAGCAUUCACAGAGACUUUCUAGUUGUUCUGCCAGUAAGAACAGAUAAAAGCAACUUUGUGUCCAUAUUUGAUUUGAGAAGAAAACGGUUCCUCUGUAUGGACUCAAAGGGAGAGCUGUACAUCUCUAGGCAAAAGGACAGAGAAGACUGCCUCUUCUGGCGCAUUUGGUUAGAUCUGGCAAACCACCAUGACACGCUUUACUCUACAACUGCGGGCCGGCUGCUCAAACUGGAGGGAGCGGAGCUGCGAGCUGCUUACUGGGAGCCACCUGAACCCUCCGCAGCACUGCUGGAGAGGUUCCUGGGUCCCUUGGUGAAGAGACAGAGGAGGAGUGAUGAGGUGAACCCCUCUGAUCCAUUAAGAUCACACUCACAUCCUUCACAUUCUGCCAAAGAUCACAAGGAUACAUCUCAUGGGCAGCCUGAGCAGGACCAGGCCGGUGCUGUGUCUAAAGAGACUAUCACCUCCUGUGAUGAUCCCCUGCGGGUCUUACAGCCAAAUGGGCCUGUCAGUCCUGUCAAGACUAAUAUUGCAGACCGGGCAUAACAAGACUAAGAUACUGAACUUGGGUUUAUUAAAUGAAAAGUCAAGAGGGGGUGCAAGUCUUUAUUUUUGUUUUGAAAACUCACUUUAUGUUUGACUGCAUGAUUGAUGUAAGUACCUGUAGAUACCUUGUCAUACAUUUGUGGACUGCGGUAUCAGUGGAAGCGACAGAAUGACUUACUAAGGAGUCAGGCUGACAUUAGAGGUUGGUUUGAGGUCAUGUGAAAGCAAUAAAUAUUUUACAACUCCUGAGAAAAAAGAUAGCAUUUCAUAAAAUCUUUGAAUCAAAAUUUUCAGAUUUAGUUUUUAUGGAACACUUACACUACGUAAUGUGCUCAUAAUAAACCUUGUUACAUCACAGUGGCUUGUGCAGAUCCUCUGUUUGAAUAGCAGAUGAAGGAUAAGUUUGGCAACAUUCGAACAGAAUCAUGAGGCAAGUUUGGUCCAGCGUCCUGCAGUCCUUGAACCUCUUUUGUCAGUUAAAUUUUAAACCUUGGGCCAGAUGUGGCAAUGUUUGUUUUGUAUAUGUAAAAAUGUGUAAUCUGUAAGUAAUUAUGAAUAUUUAUACAUACAUCUGUUGAGAAAACAAAAAUGAACCAGUGCAUACUAUUGUUACUGAAAACAAAACUUUUUUUGGAGCCAUUCAUAAACAAGAUCAAAUUAUGUCAGGUGCCGGACACCAAUAGUCACAGCAAUGAAAAUGUAUUUAUUUAUUGAAACAUGUUUAAUGAUUUGCUUCCUUGUCUACUAUGUUAUUAUUUAUAUAUUUCAUGUUGUGUUAUUUCUGAUGUGGAAAAAUAAAUGGUUACU